UGAAGUUUGUACUACUUAUGCAAUUCUUCUUCUCUUAUCUUUAGAGUGAGAAAGAAUCCUCCAUUAAUCAUAGUUUAAUUUAGAGCUUAGAAAGAAGGUCUAGGAGGAAGAAGAUGGCUAUGAUCUGGUUUGUCGUUAUGUUGUUGGUUGGAUAUCAAUUGUGUCGUCUGAUAAUAAAACAUUAUCUUCCCAUGUUCAUCAAAUCAGCUGACGGUUUGUAUGCUCCCCCAAAAGGGUCUUUCGGAUGGCCUUUGCUUGGGGAGACCCUGUCUUUUCUAAAGCCUCAUCCUUCCAAUACAAUGGGCUCAUUUCUCCUACAUCAUUGCUCUAAGUACGGGAAGGUGUUCAAAUCACAUUUGUUUCUGUCUCCAACAGUGGUGUCAUGUGACCAAGAACUGAACAAUUUCCUAUUGCAAAACGAGGAUAUUCAGUGCAGCUAUCCUAAACCCAUUUAUGGAAUUCUUGGAAACAUGUCAAUGUUGGUGACAGUUGGGGACAUUCAUAAGAGGCUUAGAAAAGUCGCAUUCUCCCUUGUUCAUACUAUCAAGUCCAACCCUGAAUUCUUGACCGAUAUUGAAAGGGCUGCUCUAAGAACACUUGAUUCAUGGAAAGACAGAAAGACACUACUCUUCUGCAAAGAAUCCAGACAGUUUACAUUCAAUGUAAUAGUGAAGCAAGUGUUGGGUUUAACACCAGAUGAGCCAGAGACUGUCAAUAUUCUAAAGGAUUUUCUCACUUUCAUGAAAGGCUUGAUAUCUUUGCCACUCUACAUUCCUGGGACUUCAUAUGCCAAGGCUGUAAAGGCUAGAAUUAGAAUAUCUUGCAAAGUGAAAUCAAUCAUAGAGGAAAGAAAGAGGAUGAGAUCAAGUUCAUCAUCAUCAUCAAGAAAUGGUGGGUUGAAGGAGGAGGAAGAGGAAUCUAUGGUGAAAAGUAAUGGUGACUUCCUAGAGAUCCUUCUUGGAGUUGACACUUUAUCUGAAGAUGAAAAAGUUAGCUUUGUUCUUGAUUCUCUAUUAGGAGGAUAUGAGACCACCUCUGUCUUGUUGGCCAUGGUUGUCUAUUUCCUCUCCAAAAACCCCUCUUCACUUCACCAACUCAAGGAGGAGCAUGAAAGCAUAAGAAGCAAGAAGAAGGAAGAUGAUUUGCUGAACUGGGAUGAUUUCAAAAGAAUGGAUUUCACUCAAAAAGUCAUCAAUGAGACUCUAAGAUUAGGAAAUGUUGUUAAAUUUGUCCACAGAAAGGCUCUCAAAGACAUCAAAUAUAAAGGUUACUUGAUUCCAGCAGGCUGGAAAGUUCUACCUGUUCUGAGUGCAGUUCACUUGGAUCCAUCAAUCCACAUAAACGCCCUUGAAUUUCACCCAUGGAGAUGGGAGAACCAAGAUCAAACAAGCAAGAAAUUCAUUCCUUUUGGUGGAGGUUCGAGAUGUUGCCCGGGAUCUGAUCUGGGUAGAGUGGAGGUUGCCUUCUUUCUCCACCAUCUCAUCCGCAAGUUCAGGUGGAAAGUUGAAGAUGGAGUGAAACCAUUGGCAUUCCCAUAUGUGGAUUUUGAAAAAGGCAUGACAAUGACUGUGGAGCAAUGCUCCAUUUGAACCAAACAGAGUUGCUAGCUUGACUUGAUCUGCCUGUCCAAGCUGCAUAAAUCUCUGUUCCCCUCUUUUACAAAAGAGCUUUUGUAAUUGCAAUAAAUUUCUUUUUCCUCUGCAAUUAUAAUAAUGCAACCAAACAAGGCCUAACUAUAAGUAUAGGACUCCUUACGUACUGUUGUUUUCCAUCUGACCAUGUUAAUUUCCCAAACAUAAUAAUAAUAAUAACAGUCUUUGCUUGCAGU